AUGGCCAAACGUUUCCUGCGAAGAGUCUCCCUCCUGGAGAGGAUCAAGGCUUACCCGCUUGAUCUUAUAUUGGCCUUAAACGAAGCUGCCGUUUCUAUAGAUUGGGACGACUACGUCCAUACCACGUUACCCUUGGGAGUUGCUCUAACUACGGUGUUUACGUUGCUCUGCAAGCUUGCGGAUCACCAUAAGAACGUGAAAUUCCGAAGAUCAAAUGACUUGUUUCGUGCUGACAAAAGUGUCUAUCAACAAGUGAGACAGAGAGCCAUCACGGGAUCGUCUGAUCCCAUUCAAUACCCAAAGGUGGCGACUGAUGUGACGGCAAGUAGCAAAUGGAUGUGGUUGGUCAAUGGGUUGCUUGCGAUUCUUGCAGCAACUUCUGUGAUCAAUGCAAUUGUCGUGUUCUGGCUCUCGAACCGUGAGUACACAUUGCUCAAUUCCUCUACGAAUGCUGCUAAACCAAAAGCUUCGAAUGUCUCGAAGCUGAGCGUUUCCAGCUCUACAGAUAGAGGAAUCUUUGGCAAGAUACUCUCUUACUUCGAGGAGAGUCUGCGAAUGAUGUCUGACGAUGAAUCUGACGAGGAAGAUACCACUUACAACUUUGAUUUUGUGGAAAAGGAUGUGUGGGUGUUAAAAGUAUGGGACCCUUCCUCAUUCCAAUUGUACUUACUGGCGACCUUCUGUCCAGUCACAUUGCUAACCAUAAAACUACUGAUCGGCUCAGCGUUCUGGAAGAUUGUUUUGGUCAUCUUGGCUUACAGCUCAGCACUCUACUUUUUUGUCUCCAAAUUCUUGAUGCUUGUGGGAGACAAGCAGAUCAUCUAUCAGGAGACCUUCAAUGAGUAUAACAAGAAGUACGUGAUUCCGAAAACCUCGGUCUUGAGAAAGAACGCCAUUGUCGAUGCUACCUAUGGCCCGAUGGCUGCUUCGUCGAUGGUAGUCCAUGACGACAGGCGUGGUCACUUGCAAAACGAGAAUGCAUUCUACACGCACGACAUACAGGGGAACAGAAUAAAGGGUGUUCUUGCUGAUAAGCAAUUUUCGUCUCGUUCCGUAUCUCCAUCAAGGGAUAUUCAUCGUACCACUCAAAACGGGACCUUCAGAAGGAGCAACCGCGAUACCUCAUUUGCUGACUUGUAUACCUCCACCAGAGAUCGCCAUCCCGACGAAGAUACGUGGAUCACGUCUUCAACGCCGUUUAUGACUCGGACGGGUCACGAUUCCUUUAUUAGGCCACAAUCUCCAAGACACUCACCUCUCAAAACUCCCACACGGCUUUCCAUGAACCAGAGAACUCAGCUCUCACCAUCUCGCAUGUCUCCUACGAGAAACUUUUACACACCCUCGCAUCGGGGCUCGCCUUCUCCAACACACCGCUCCAGGUCGAGUUCCCCACAACGGAGUUCGUCUCCGUCGAAGAGACCAUGGCAAUAA